AUGAUGGACUCGGACGAGGACGAUAUCUACCCGGAGAACGAUGACGUCUAUGGUACCAAACAGCAGGGUGAGGUCACCAUGGGGGACGCCGACGAAGGCGAAGAGGAAGGUGAAGAAGUAGAGGAGGAAGACGAUGACGACGUCGACUUCAUCAUCGACGCCAAAGACGAACCCAAACCCUCGCCCGAAACCAAUUCAACAUCACAACCCAAACGUCCAUCAGGGUCUUCCCAAACCCCAGCGUCAGACCUACGCAAGGCCUCAAUAACACCCUCCCCUGCCGUAAAGCGAGAAACACCCCUAGACUCCCGCCUCGACUCCCAGCCUCCGAACGACCGCCCCGGCACAGACUAUCCCGCCCGGCAUACCUCCAAGAUCGACCCGAAUGGCAACCCUGUGCACCCGACAACCGGCAAACCGAUCUUAUCCACCGACUUCGACGUCGACUUCCCCUCGGAAUCAUCAAAACCCUGGCGCAAACCUGGCGCGGAUAUCACGGACUACUUCAACUACGGCUUCGACGAGUUCACCUGGGCAAGUUAUUGCCUAAAACAACAGCAAAUGCCAAAGGAGGUCAAAGAAAUCACACAACAUGCAGAACAAAUGAAGGCGUUUGUGGAAGGCAUUCCUGGCGGAGGAGCUAUGCCGGGCAUGCCGCCGAUGCCAGGUGCCCCCGGUGCAGGUCCCGGAGACAUGGGCGGUGCAAUGCCAGGGAUGCCCAGUGAAGCUCAGAUGCAGCAGAUGUUUGCCGCCAUGGCCUCACAAGGCCUGGACCCUGGGAGCAUGGAUCCUAGUCAGUUUAUGCAGUUCAUGGCUGGGCCUGGGGCCGCCAUGAUGGGUGCGCCACAGCCUCCUACGGGACCUGCCGCAGGCUUUGCUGGACCCGGCGGCGGAGGCGGGAGUGGGUUCGAUCAGGGUGGUGGUCCGGGCGGUGGAGGCGGCUUUGGCGGCAGAGGGCGAGGAAAGGGUGGAAGGAGGAAUUGGUAG